AGGGUUUCACUCACAAAUUCCCGAUUCAGAUUUUUUCUUUUCCCCCUUUGUUUCAAAUCAAUCAUCAACAAACACAUUCACCCAUCAUUCAAUUCAAAGUCUCUCUAUAAUCUCAAUUCUUAUUCAAUUUUUGAACAAAGAUGUCUAACACCAGCAACAAUGUCGCUGGGGUUGACAAUACAUUCAGAAGAAAAUUCGAUCGUGAAGAGUAUCUCGAACGAGCUCGGGAGCGUGAGAGACAGGAGGAAGAGGGUAGAGCAAAACCUAAAGGUAAAGGACCUCCGGUGCAGAGGAAGCCCUUGAAACAUAGGGAUUUUGAAGUAAACCUUGAAUCCCGCUUGGGAAAGACUCAGGUGGUAACGCCGGUUGCACCACUAAGCCAACAGGCUGGAUAUUUCUGCUCAGUUUGUGAGUGUGUGGUGAAGGACUCUGCAAACUACUUGGAUCAUAUCAAUGGAAAGAAACAUCAAAGAGCGUUGGGCAUGUCUAUGCGAGCUGAACGUUCUUCUCUCAAACAGGUUCAGGAACGGUUUGAAUCUCUUAAGAAACGUAAAGACAUCGGAAGCUUUACAGAGCAAGAUUUUGAUGAAAGGAUUUUAAAACAGCAACAAGAAGAGGAAGAAAGAAAGCGACUGCGUCGGGAAAAGAAAAAAGAAAAGAAGAUGGAGGCAGUUGAAGAACCAGAAAUCGAUCCUGACGUUGCUGCCUUGAUGGGGUUUGGAGGUUUCCGGUCAUCCAACAAAAAGUGAAAUUCUUAUACGUGCAGGAUGAGUCGUGUAUGAGAUUUUGAGCAAUUUUGUGCAGCUGAAUCUGGAAGCAAAUUGUUUAGUUCUGGGUUGCUUAAGAAUGAAUCUAUGGUCAAAAGAAAAAUAGUGGGAUCAAAGCUGGUCCAUAGUGUUAUAUUCAUUCACAAGAUUCCUUUGUUUACUGCAUAUUUCUUCUAACAUGAUGUACACCUUAGCCCUCUCAUAAUUAUACAUGUUAACUUGAUAAUUUUCUAGCCAGAAUAAUAGAGCUGUUAUUUGCAA